CUUUUCUCCAAUCUAACAUUGAUUGUAGACAUCAAUAGAUCUACCCAUGUUUAUAUGUUAGCACUUAGCUCAACAUCUAUGUUGUAGAAAGUAGUAACUUCUGUGGUGCCAUGAGGUAGGCAAUUACUUCUACUAUGACCUGGAGGUUCAUUACAUGUUUUAUUUAUUUCAAAACCACUUUGUUGCUCAUCAUGGAUCACAAAGCAUGUGUUAAUAUUUUUUUUUAGUUUAGAUAUCUACAGAAUUUGGAUGACACUAAAUUGGAUGCUUUGGCAGUCCUGUUGAUGCAGAAUUUGAACAAUGAACCACAAGACCUGUAGAGUUUAUGAGUUCAUGCGGUCAAAUAGUUUGGUACUUCCCUUUGGGACUGUGUAGAGUAACCAUAUGUGUGUUGAAACUGUAAAGUUGUACUGGCUAGUUGAUGUGCACAUUGUUGAAACUGUAAAGGUGUGAUAGGCUUGACCAUCAUAACAUGAAGUUUGCACUGGUUAUAGUUUCUGUGAACAAUGGGCUCUUAUUUUGUAGCCUAAUUUUGCAAUGGUCUCAGAUAACCUAUGAUCCUAUAACUGCCUCUCUGAAAAGAGGUUAUUCAUCAUAUAACUUGAAAGGCUCAGUGAUAUACUGUAGAAUGAUGACUGUGAGAAAGGUGCUAACUUGCACAAUUGCAGAUUGCAUGUUGCUUCAGCUGUGAACCACUUCUAGGCCCAAUCUUCGUACUGUGCUCUGCUGAUCUUGGGUUUCAGUAUUGCUCUUGUAAUGCUUUCUAAUGUGUACUUCAUGCUCCCAGAUAAUUGACUGAAAACAUCUGUUUGAGGUUAUUACUUAAUCUCAAUUGCUAUUUCUGUCUAUGCUUUAACGUCGCAACUGUUAAGAUUCCGUGCCAUGCUUUUUCUUUACCUGCAGGACUUUGUUGGGCCACUGAUUUGGUUUAGUGUGCAGAGCAUAUGAGAAAACAAUAAGACUGAAGGAUUGAGCAUGUCAAAGAUAUGUACACACUAAAGCAUGACCAAGAUCUUAAGAGCAUGCGAGAGAACAUAGGACUAGGGAUCGAGCAUCUCUAAGACGUGUACAAACUUUAGCAUGGGCAAAGAUCUUAAGGUAUGCUUUGGUCUGUGGGAACAUAUUGUUUACUCUCUUGACAUAUUGAUGCGACCUUGCAGACAUCCACAUAAACUAUUGUGUUUUGUGCUCCUUUUCUUUUCAUGUGGGACAAAGUACUGUUAGUUGUAGUUCAGACAUCAGGAGUAGUGUAUUGUGUGCAUGUCUUUUAUUUUGCCAAGGAUCAGGAGUAGAGUAAAAUAUGUAACACUCUUGUGCUAUGAAUUGGAACAAGAAGCGGCAGAAGGUGACAUCACACCAUGGUUGAUUAGGAAAUCAGGUGUUAUUUGUACUUUCUUGUUGGAAAAUAAUCGGUGAUUCCAAGGAAACAAGCUUAGCACAGCAACAUCAUACCUACCAAUCUGCCAUGCCUCUGUUCCAUUCACCAACAGCUUACUCUUGAAUCCUAAGAAGCCCAUUGUCAUUGCCAUUACACUGCACGCCACCAUGGCUGCAACUCCCGUCGAUGACUGCAGUGCUACGCAGGAUCACCUGUCACUUCCCUAUAUUGCAAGAAUCCUCAUGGAGGAGCAGGAAGAGGAAGAGGAUGUGGAUGAGAACCACCCUGUGCUCCUUCAUGCCCAGCGAUCCUUUGCCCAAAUCCUCUACUCCUCCAGUGUGCUUGCCUCUGCCUUAUUGGCAAACCAAAGCGACAACUUUGCCGGUGUCACACAUUCAAGGAGUUCAGUCAAAGACAGUGUUAUUCAGAGCAAGCCUAGCUCAGACGUCUUCAACUUCAAAGCUGCAGAUGAGGUUGGCAGCUUUUUGCUGCUCGCCAACAAUGAGCACAACAUGGACAUGUUCAGCACUGCCUUCUUCAAGGGCAUGGAGGAGGCCAACAAGUUCUUGCCUACAGACAGCAACCUAAUGGCCAGCAACCAGGGCCAAGCAAAGGAGAAAAGCUGCAGGGGCCGCAAGGACAGAUACAGCAAGCUGGAGGCGGACGUUGGCAGGACAAGCAAACGUCAGGAAGCCGGUGCCUAUGAGGAGUUCGACGAAAUGCUCAUUGCCUUGGACAAUGGGUCUGGGAAGAAUAACAAGAAGGGGAGAAAGAAUGAGGUGCAGGUGAUUGACCUGCACACGUUGCUGAUCCACUGUGCCAAGGCAGUGAUGGAUGACCGGCAGAGUGCGGGUGAGUUGCUCAAGGAGAUCCACCAGCAUGCCUCACCCACUGGCGAUGCCACGCAGCGGCUUGCCUACUGGUUCGCAGAGGGGCUGGAGGUGCGGCUCUCUGGCACAGGCAGCCAGGUGUAUGGCACACUCACGGCAAAGGGCACCUCUGCUGUGGCACACGCAGAAGCUUAUCAGCUAUUCAUGUCCACCUGCUGCUUCAGGAAGGUAUCCUUCUUGUUCGCCAACAAGGCCAUCUUCAAUGCCGUAGUGGGGAGGAGCAGGUUGCACAUCGUAGAGUAUGGCUUCCAUUACGGGUUCCAGUGGUCGGAGCUGCUGCGCUGGCUGGCAGCAAGGGAUGGUGGCCCGCCGGAGGUCAGGAUCACCCACAUUGACCUUCCACAGCCUGGAUUCCACCCAGAAAAACAUAUGGAGGAAAUGGGUAAUCGGCUGACUGACAUUGCCCGAGAGAUUGGUGUUCCAUUCAAGUACCGUGCAAUCAUGGCGCAGUGGCAGACCGUUUGCAUCGAGGACCUGGACAUUAAACCUGACGAGGUUCUUGCUGUGAACGACCAAUUCAAUUUCAGGACCUUAAUGGACGAGAGUGUCAUCGCAGCCAGCCCAAACCCCAGGGAUGCAGUCCUCAGCAACAUCAGCAAGAUGGAGCCAGACGUGUUUGUCCAAAGCAUCAUGAAUGGCUCCUAUGGUACCUUCUUCCUGUCACGGUUCCGAGAAGCCCUCUUCUAUCACUCUGCGUUUUUUGACAUGCUUGAUGCAACCAUGCCACGGGAGAGCAAACUGCGGCUGGCGCUGGAGCGUGACGUCUUUGGCUGGAUUGUCCUGAAUGCUAUCGCAUAUGAGGGAGAGGAUAGGGUGGAGCGUGGUGAGACCUAUAAGCAUUGGCAGAUCAGAAACCAACGGGCCGGCCUCAGGCAGCUGCCACUGAACAGAGAGACUGUUAAGAUGGCUAGGGACAUGGUCAAGAAAGACUACCACAAGGAUUUUGACAUUGACGAGGAUCAGCAAUGGCUGCUGCAGGGUUGGAAGGGUCGCAUUCUUUACGCCCACUCGACGUGGGUGGCAGAAGCAGCUAGCUACCACUGUUAGCUAUUUUCUCCUAGCUGUACUGGAGCAAAGGCAGCUACAGAUAAUUAGCACUCUACUAUUUGUGAUGAGGUUUAUAUUCUAAACUUUGGAGAUGCAUUUUGACUCGUCCAGUGUUCGUCGGACGGCAUAAAUCAUUUGGGAUGAUUUUCCUUUUUUUUUUUGCUCUUGUCUUGUACUCAAGCUCAUAAAGAAGAUAAAAAAAUAUAUUUGUAUGGUUUGUGAGUUAUCCUUUUUCUUUCCAGAAAAUGCAAAGCUUGCGUCUCGAUGCAUUGAUAGAAGAAUAGAGUUACGAGCCUAAGACUAGUCCACUACAUGAUUUGUAUGGUUUGUGAUUUAUCUGGCGUGAUGGCUACAUACAUGAUCCAAUAAAUUUGAACUGGUAGCAUGCUUGUUUUUGUGGCUAAUGUAACUGGCCACUACAGUGGCGCAUCAGUCUCCAGAAUUUGAUGCUGAGAUCUGGAUAUUGACAGGAACUUUCUGAUCUCUUUGUCGCUGUCUGAUGGAUUCAUGUGAUGCCGGCAAGGAACAUGAAGUUAAAUAUUGGAAAUAAAAUACCUAUAAGGUUGUUAGAAUGAGGUGAUAUCAACCUCAUGUGUUCAUACAUUUUAUGUUUGGUCGCAUGUGUUACA